AUGUCUCCCGAUCUCUCCCAUGCACCUGUCACCCUGCAUUCCGAUGGCACGCAACCUCACGAGACCGUUGCCUUGACGCCCCCAGGAUCGUCGAUCCGUCUAACCUCAAAUCACUUUAAUAAUCCGCCUUCACAUCGUCGGGCAAACACAGAAUAUAUUGCAAGACCCCCACUAUUUGAACAGGGCAUCGACGACACGAUAUCAGGCCCAAAGAAUACCCCCUGGACGGAAACCUUCCCGAAGAAGAAGCUUGAAGCAAGAGCCAGGAUCUUGUCAGAUUGGUUUCAGGGGAAAUCAGAUCCAGUCGAGUUGGGGCUGAAAAUGGGGCCUAACAGUGCUUCAGAUGGGACCGGAUUAGAUUCCCGUCCAGCUCCAACAUCCAUGUCACAUACGAGGCAGAACUCAACCCCAACGAAUCGGUUUUCAUUCUUCGGCCUGCGGCGACAACCGAGCAGGCCCAACUUCCCAGAACCAGCAGAUGAUGAGUUCCUGAACCUGGACAUCACUGCCGCUCUUUCACUACCCGAGUCGGACGAUACCAACGAUGAGGCGCUGGAUGCCCUACGAGAUCACGCCGACAAGGUGCUACGACGCAUGCAGGAUGCCUAUAAGCAGCGGACCUUCGCCAUGCACCAGGCCUUGGCAGAGAAGAACGAAAAGCAGGAGGAGCUCGAAGAGACUCGCGCCAGAGUCGACCACCUCAAGACGCAGCUGGACGGCAUGGCCGCCAAGGUGCUUGAUCAAGAGAAAGCCAUGCAGGCCAUGGCCGAGGAAUUGGAGCAAGAGAGACAGAUGCGAAAGGCCGAAGAAUCCCGCAGUCGCAGUUGUGCAAUUCGUACCGUGCACCCAGAUGACGACGUGCCUUCCAUGGCCCUCCAAACUCCUCGGCGCGGAGGAAAACGUGCUAGCCAUAGCACCUUCACCAGCGACUCGGGCUUCGAAUCCGGCGACGAGAGCGUUGCCGAUAGCGUCUUCUCGCAGCGUGAAGGCGUCGAGUCUCCCACGUCCACGCUGACAGCGCCGUCUCCCAACAUGUCGCAGAUCGCCCUAUCUACGCCGACGGGCCCGAUACCAACACCUACAAUCCAGAAAAACCUGGUUGCCGUCACAAGUGCAGCACCGCCUGCACGCUCAUCGGCAUAUGAUCGGGUGUUGAAGGGCCUUGCUUCAACGCGUUUAGGUAGCUCUUUCACUGGUGGUAACGGCAAUGCGUCUAAUUGCAGCAACUGCUACGGCGUGCCGGCUUCCGAGGCCUGGAGUGUCAUGGGUGUCCUGCAAGACGAGAAUCGGGGCCUGAAGACACGAUUGGGAGAGCUUGAGGUGGUCAUUGAUGAUUGCCUGGGUCUCGUUGGACCUUGA